UCUUCUGCCCGCUCUACCACCGACUCCCGCUGUCCUCAACCCCCCUCUCUCCCUACUUUGCAACCCCGAUCCAAGAUUUCCUUCUUCGACCUCGCAGACCGCCGAAUCGAUCAAGAACGAAACACCAUGGCAACAGAAUCGGGCGCCAAGGUGGCCACCACCGACGCAUCUGCUCCGGACAGCAAGCCUGCUUUCGUGAAGCCUGAGAAGCCUGAUGAGGCUGCAUACAAAGAGGGGCUUGCGAAGCUUGACAAGAGUCACGCCGAUGCACAGCAAAAAUUCAACGCGGCUAGGCAAAAGCAGGACCUUGCUCGCCCCAACAACAAAGACUCGCCGAAUGCGAAGCGCCAGCAGGAGCUCAAAACUCAACUAAACGAAAUUCGCCAGGCGCAGCAGGGCUUCAAGACAUCGCGCAAUGCCGUUCAUGAUAAGCUGAAGCGCCUGGACGAACAGAUUAAGUCCCGUGUCGCUGAACUCAAGACCUCCAAGGGCAAGAUUCAAUACAAGAACACAGAUGAGAUUGACCGCGAAAUCGCCCGCCUUCAGAAAGGCGUUGAUUCCGGAACCAUGAAACUGGUCGACGAGAAAAAGGCACUUGGUGACAUCUCCAGCUUGAACAAGGCACGCAAGAACUUUGCUGGUUUCGAUUCGCAGCAAAAGGCUAUCGACGACCUGAAGGCACAGUACACGGAACAAAAGAAGCUGUUGGACGACCCGGAGCAAAAGGCUGUUUCCCAAAAGUACAACGAGCUACAGAGCGAGCUCGACGGUCUGAAGAAGGAGCAGGACGAGGCUUUCACCAACCUCAAGGGUCUUAGGGAAGCAACCGACAAAGCUCGCGCUGAACAGCAAGAGAAGUGGCAAGCUCUGAAAGAUUUCAAGGACACCUACUACCAGCAGAAGCGUGCGUUCGCCGAUUACGACUACCAAGCCCGCAAAGCCCGCCAAGAGCGCAAGCGUCAGGAACAAAUCGAGUGGCAGGCAAACAAGCGUAAGGAGACUGCCUCGAAACGUCUAGAGGAGGCCAGUGCCCCAGCAUACCAGGAUGAAAUUCUUGCUUGUGAGGGCCUGAUUCGGCACUUCGACCCUUCGGCGCUCCCCGCGAAAGAAACUACGGCUUCCAGCAAGUUUGCUGCUUCCGCACAGCGAACUGUGGAGAGCUCCGGCUUCAAGGGUACCCGAGUAUCGAAGAAGGAUGACGAGGAGGAGAACUACUUUGUGGGUAGUGGAGGAAAGAAGGGCAAGAAGGGCAAGAAGGCCCCGGCUGCAUCAGAAUCCAAGUUCAACUUGAACAUUGGUAUCAUCGAGGAGUUGGCCAAGGUUGGCGUUGACGCGCCCUCUAGCCAAGCCGAUGUCCCAGGCACAGUAGAGAAACUGAAGGAGAAGCUUGCUCACUGGAAAUCUGACCAGGACCGCAAGACGAAAGAGAACAUCGCCAAGGCACAAAAGGAGAUCGAUCGGUUGGAAGCUGAAGAGACCGAGGGUGCCACCGACGCUGCGCGUAAACCUUCGCAGAAAAACCAGGCCGUCAAUGGCGGAGCUGUCUCAGCAACUGCCGAGCUUGAGCAGGAGAAGGAUGCCGAAGCUGAUGUGGCUGAAGAAGUCAAGAAGGCCAAGAUCGAGGAUGGCGAAGCGUAG